AUGACAGAUGAAGAAGAUGGUCUCCCUGAUGAUCUGGAGGUGUUGAAGUCCAUUUACCCCGAAGCAGAGAUCAGUUCUAGUUCUAUAUCGUUAAAUAUCAAACUUAUACCCAGCACAAAAAACAGGAUUCUGUUGAUAUCAUCUGGACAAGUCCUGAAAACCUUUGAGACACGGUGGUUCGAUCCUUUACACUUCAAAAUUGAUUUACCUUUGAAUAAUGGUGUGAUAUAUUUAGAAUCAAAAUGGUUAAAUGAAGAUGUCUUACAAAUGAUGAAGAUGAAACUUGAAGGUAUUAGAACAGAUGCAAUCAAAGAUGAUAUGUUAGAUUCAUUAUCAUAUACAUUAAUAAACUACCUUACAGUGGAUCUAAUUGAAGAUUUUGAUGGUGAUAUAUUUCCUAGCAAAACGGAAGAUCCUGAAUAUUAUCAAUUAUUAGAAACUUUAUCACAUCAAGUAAGAUUUACAACUUUCCAGAAUGAAAGAUUUGAUUGUUCAAUUUGUAUUGAAUCUCAUGAUGGUACAAAUGGAAUUCUGCUAGACUGUGAUCAUGCUUUCUGUAAAUCAUGCUUCAAGCAAUACUCUGAACCAAUAAUGAAUUCUAAAUAUGCUUCCACAUUACAAUGUCCAAAUUGCCCUAUUAUGAAUUUGAAAAAUUUAGAUAGUAAAGGACCUGCUGAACUAAGAGAACUUCUAUUUGAAAGACGUAUGAAGAAAGAAGAUUUAUUACAAAUGUACACACCAGAAGUUGUUGAAAAGUUUGAAAAUGAUAGAGAUUUAGUAUUGUUUGAAAAAUAUCAAAAUUAUUUCCCUUUUGUUUGUGCUAAAUGUCCAAGAUGUAAAAAAUGGGGAUUUAGAGAUGAUCUGGAUGAUAAUUUGGUUAUUUGUAAAAAUUGUAAAUUAGCUUAUUGUUAUCAAUGUAAUCAUAGUUGGCAUGGAAAUAAUAAUCUGUGCAGAUCAAGGUUGAAUCAAAUCCCUGAGGAUGUCAUACAGAAUAUGCUGAGUGGAGAAUUAGAUUCAGAUUCCAAAGUGAAAUUUAUCCAACAGUACGGUAAAAGAACUCUCAAUCUGGCAAUAAAGGAAUACUUAGCUGAUAUUGCAUUUGAAAAGGCAAUUGAAGAUGAUGAAAAUUUGGUUAAAUGUCCUCGAUGUUCCACUGUUGUUACAAAAUCUGAUGGCUGUCAUAAAAUGAAAUGCCCACUUUGUUCUGCAAAUUUCUGUUAUAGAUGUUCAUCUCAUUUAGAUGAUGAUAAUCCUUAUACUCAUUAUGCUGAUCCAUUAUCACCUUGCUAUAAAUUACUGUUUGAAGGCAUGCCAGGGGCUCAAUAG